AUGGAAAAAGGAAAAAAACGCACUUCAAUACCGGUCAAAAGAAAAAAGCCUAAUCUAUCCUCUCCCGAACCAUCUUCAGAAGAAGAUGACCAUUUAACCCGUCUUUGUAGUAUUCGUCUUCGACGAUAUAUUAACAUUUCAAAUCAAUUUGAAGUCAAAAUCUUUAAUAUCAAUAAUCAUAAUCACACACUUAAAAUCACUGAUGAUAGGGACAAUAUACUUGCGGCGCUUCAAAAUCAAUAUAGCUGCUAUGUUUCUGUUCUUUUAAUCCGAAUUAAUAACCAUAACAAUCAUGAAAUACGAUUUUGGUAUAAUGAUCGAUAUGUAGCACUUCGUCAUACUGAUAUAAAUCUUGAUACUGAAAGAUAUAGCGUUGGUUAUGUCGGAAUUGAUGCGAACGGGAGACUCAAUCUUAGAAUUGUCAAUAAUGGAAAUAAUCGUACUAUUAAUAAGUUUUCAUAA